CCUAAUUAAUUCUUAGAAGUUCAAGGUGUCAGAACACAAAAACAAAGAAAUUUAGAAGCUUUGAGUGAAGAAGGAAGACAAUUUCAUCAUUGUUUGGCUCAAAGAGCCUUGGAAAUGGUGAGGGAGUGAGCUCAAGUUUCUUAGAAUAGUCAUCUGGUGCUGGAUGGAUUUUGUGGGAGCUGUGCUUCAAAGGGGAAAAACAACGAAAAUUAAUUGCUGCUAUUGUUUUGAUCACAGAAGAAGACAACACCAAUGCAAACAAACAGAAACAGAGGGAAAAACUUCAAGCAUGGCUUCUAGUUCUACCUGCUUCCAAACCUCCCCAAUCAUUCCCAUUUUUGUAUCCUUUCUUCUUGUUUCUUCUUCCAUUUGUCCUGUCCUUUCGUCCGAAUCCGGCAACCCCCAUGCAACCAAUCAAACUUUCCGGCCAGAACAAGAGUUGCAGAAGUUAAGGAUAAUCAGACAACGUCUCAAGAAGAUCAACAAGCCCGCCGUCAAGACAAUUCAGAGUCCAGAUGGAGACAUUAUAGAUUGUGUCUUAUACCAUCAGCAACCAGCCUUUGAUCAUCCUAUAUUAAGAGGCCAAAAACCAAUGGAUCCACCUGAGAGACCAAAUGGUCAUAACAUAAAUGAAAUGGUGGCUGUAGAUUUUCAGUUAUGGAGUCUUUCCAGGGAAUCCUGUCCGGAAGGAACAAUUCCCAUCAGAAGAACAACAGAACAAGACAUGUUACGAGCUAGUUCAUUAUCAAGAUUUGGAAGAAAACCAAGAAGACAUGUGAGGAAAGACUUCAGUAGUGACCAUGAGCAUGCAGUUGGGUAUGUUACAGGAGAGCAAUACUAUGGAGCGAAAGCAAGCAUGAAUGUGUGGGCACCAAGGGUUGCAAAUCAAUAUGAAUUCAGCCUAUCACAAAUGUGGGUAAUCUCCGGUUCAUUUGGUGGCGAUCUAAACACCAUUGAAGCUGGUUGGCAGGUUAGUCCGGAGCUGUAUGGGGACAACUACCCUAGGUUCUUUACAUAUUGGACGAACGACGCGUACCAGGCCACGGGAUGCUAUAAUUUGUUAUGUUCUGGAUUUGUACAGACCAACAAUAGAAUUGCAAUAGGAGCAGCAAUAUCUCCAACAUCAUCAUACAAUGGGGGACAAUUUGAUAUCAGUUUACUUGUUUGGAAGGAUCCAAAGCAUGGAAAUUGGUGGCUGGAAUUCGGGUCGGGGGUUCUUGUCGGGUACUGGCCCUCAUUUCUGUUCACCCACCUGAGGGACCGUGCAAGUAUGGUACAAUUUGGGGGAGAAAUUGUAAAUUCAAGAGCAGGAGGAUUUCACACUUCAACCCAAAUGGGAAGUGGGCAUUUUGCUGAAGAAGGCUUCGGAAAGGCCUCAUAUUUUCGGAAUUUGCAAGUAGUUGAUUGGGAUAAUAACUUAAUCCCCCUCUCAAAUUUACGGGUCACGGCGGAUAACCCGAAUUGCUAUGAUAUCCAAGGAGGCAUUAAUAGAGUUUGGGGGAAUUAUUUUUACUAUGGAGGACCCGGAAGAAACGUCAAGUGUCCCUAAAGGGAAAGAAAGUUUUCCUUUUUCUCAUUUUGGUCCAUUAUAAGUUAAUAUAUAGUUUUUUUUUUUUUUUUUAAAUGAUUGGGUGAUUUGGGUUUCUUUGGAGAUGGUUCAAUGAGUUUGGGGAUAUUCUUAUAAUCAUUUUUUUUAUUUGUAAGUGUUCAUUUGGACUAACAGAUGAUCCAAUUGAUCAUACCAUCUUUAGGGGCUUAUGUAAAUGUUGGAGAAAAAAGAAGGAUGAAAUUA